AUGUCUUCUUUGUCUAGCCGCAUCUUUAACCCUACGAUGUUUUUUCCGCAGGCUGAACUCCUUCUCGGCCAAGUUAAUCAUCCGUCUUCUUCCAUACUGCUGUGGCUUAUCACAAUUUUAGAGAAGGCUCUGGUGGUUGUCAAAGACCACAGAAGCAGCAGCAGCAGCAGCAGCAACAACAGGCCACUGUUCACUGAAAGUACGAAAGUCAACUACCAACUCGUACGCGUGUGGGGUGAGCUACGUCUCCUGCUGCUGCUGCUGCUCUCUCCAAUUCCCUCCUCACCUCACCUCACCACACCACGCCACUCUGCUCCCAUUCACAGAUCACUGGGAGAUGAUAGAAGCGGCGGGGUCACGCAAAAUGGUGAUGCUAGAGAUGAUACUCGGCGCCUGAUAGAACGAGCAGCUUGGAAAGGUGAUGGGGGUUACGUGUGUAGGGGAGGGGUCUAUGGCGUUAGCGUGUGUGUCAGUGUGGCACAUGUGGAGAACGCCGCUGCUCAGUCAUGUGUAUCUACAUUUUACCUAGUCAGUGGAGAGGUGGAGGAGGUAUCGCGUGUUCACUUCCUUCACAUCUUCAUACAGCUUUUGUAG